AUGCUAGAAGCACUCAACAACAACAUCCGUGCCCACGAGGACGAGGCGGUCGUCAAUUCCGCUAAGCUGCCUGCCACCCAUUCCCCCUUCUUUCGCCCUCCUUAUAUGGUCCCUAUUCCACCAGGCGCGCGUGAGGAUGAGGCAGUGUUCAAGUUCUCCCAGCCACCUGCUGCUGCACAUUGCCCCUCCAAUCCCGUCCUUGCAUUGCCCUCCCCCCAUCAGGCGCAUGUGCGCAUGCUAGCAGCGCUCGACAACAACAUUUCAGCUCACGAGGACAAGGCGGUGUUCAAGUUCUCCCAGCUUCUUGUCACCCGCCAGUUACCUGUCUUUUCACUUCACACUCCCAACGUUUUCCCCUUUCACCAGGCGCAUGUGCGCAUGCUAGCGGCACUGAACAACAACAUCCUAGCACAUGAAGACGAGGCGGUCUUUAAGUUCUCCCAGCUGCCUGUGGCUGGCGGCAGUCAGAUCUACCUGGGGCUGCCCUGCACUGUCACACACGCCGUCACGCACGGAAGCCCGCUAUAUGGGCUCUCACACUCGGUAAGGGCACAAGGCGACCAGGAGUGGCAAGGGACCGGAGUGGCAGGUGCAGUUCUCUCAUCCCAGCUGCCUGUGGCUGGCGGCAAUGAUGGAGCAGUCAGACCUCGAGAUCCUGGUGCUGCUGGAGGCAGUGGUGGCUGUGUGCGACUCCUCUUUCCCCCCUCCCGCCCCAUGGUUCUUCUUGGCUCUCUGCUCACCCCUCCCUCACAGAUGAUGGAGCGACCCCCUUCCUAUCCAGAUGAUGGAGCGAUGAUGGAGAGAUCAGACCUCGAGAUUCUAGUGCUGCUGACGGCAGGCGACUCGACUGCUCCUCCUCCCCCUACCCCUCUUGCUGUGCUCAACUCCCCGUGCACAUUCCGUGCUCCUACACCCCUCUCUCCCCUUCCCUCCUCUGCAGAUGAUGGAGCGAUCAGACCUCGAGAUCUUGGUGCUGCUAGAGGCGGUCGACUGUUCCACCUCUGCCACCUUGCAAGUGAGGUGAUUGUGCGAGGUGAUUUCGAGAUCCUGGUGCUGCUGGAGGCUGUCGACUGCUCCACGUCUGCCACCCUACAAGGAAAAUGGUUUAUCGAGCUGCAAACGGCCGGCGCUGUGUGGAUUUCUCUCUUUGCUGCUAGCAGCACUGCAGCCACCUCCACUGUUCCCCGCAUUGCUCCUCCGCCCAUUGCUCCUCCGCCCAUUGCUCCUCCGCCCAUUGCUCCUCCGCCCGUUGCUCCUCUGCCCGUUGCUCCCCCCCCCGUUGCUCCUCCGCCCAUUGCUCCCCCCCCCAUUGCUCCUCCUCCUAUUGGUGCUCCCCCCAUCGUUCCCCCAAGCCAACAUGCCAAUGCCUACCCCCCAGCCCCUUCAAUUUUCCUCCCCAUCUCUCAACCCCUGCCGCCCAACCCUUCCCCGACCAUUACCGCGCUCCCUCUCACCCCCCCACUCCCCUCCCCACUCCUCUCCACGCCUCUUCACCGCGUGCCACCCACCACACCAUCCACACCCCUGGCGAGUGAUAGUGCAGACGCACAAAGCAGACACUCACAGGCAAUAAGCACGCACCCUCGGCCAAAGGUGCAGAUCCAACAGCAGCAGGCACAGCAGCAGCCACAGCAGCAGCAGCAGCAGCAGCAGCAGCAGCCACAGCAGCAGCCACAGCAGAAACGGCACCAGCAAUACCAGCUCCCGCUCAGCUCCUCCCCCUCUGACUUCCCUGCCGCCACCUCCCUUAGCACUUGGAUUCACGAGCCGGUCGAGGGUGAUGAGGAGGAGGAGUUGAGGAUGAUGGAGAAUGAAAAUCAGCAGAAGGUAGGUGCAGCAGGCGGAGAAGAGAGCCCUGUGGUGCAGCAGGCAGAGGAGAGAGCCUUGUGGGGCAACUAUAGAGCUCCCUUUACCCCUUUCCACUCCCCAUCUCGCCCUUUCCCAAUUGCCUUAUCUGCCCUCGGCCUCCCCCCUGCCUCCCCCCUGCCUCCCCCCCGCCUGCCCCCCCCAGGUGCAGCAGGCGGAGGACAGAGCCCUCUGGUGGCACACCAUGCAACCAUUCACCUUACUGAUCCUUCCUCCCAUGCGUGCCCCCCAACCGUCGCCUCUACCUGUCUCCAUCAGGUGCAGCAGGCGGAGGACAGAGCCCUCUGGUGGCGCCAUGCAACAAUCGAGCUCGCCUCCCGCAUACUGCACUGCACCGCUCUGUACCCCUCUGCACCGCAAUCAGCGUUACCCAAAAGCAGCAGUGAUGAUGUCAUGUCUGAUCUGCUAUGCAGCGGUGUCAACGAUAGCGGUUCAGGAGGAGGAUCGGGAGAAGAAGAACCCUUAGUGCCAGAAGCAGAAGCAGUAGGUUUUGUGGAAGGCCAGAGUCGGAGCAGCAGCACUGGUGGGUCGAUUCCGUGUGACACUAUCGAGGAAAGGAGUGCGGCAGUUUCGAGUGUGCUGCUGCCGAUCGCCUCUAUUGCCACGGCUGUUUCAGCGGCAGCAGCGCUGGCAGACUCACCAGAAGCACAGCUGCUGCAGGCUGCAAGGGAGGCGCUGAAUAAGGCUCUGUGCUUCGAGAAUGAAUGA